ACCUUACCUACACAUGCUCGCUCAUCAACUACGCGUUUAGCCUCGACACUUAAAGAAGAUUCCGCUUCUAUUGGGGUUUGGGAUGAGUUCCUGAUUACUAGUUUCUUCUACCCUUUAUGCUCUUGGUUUAGAAGACACUGACAUAAAAAUCGGAUCUUUGAACACCGGCUUUUGUUUCUGUUGUGGUAUAUAGUCGCAUGCUACCUGGCUUUUUGCAUGAAUUGUCUUUGACUGUCCAAUUUAUCAUGGGAAGCUGUACUGGGUGUUCUCAUGAUCCACCUGAACAACUUCAAAAAUUUUCAACAUUCCCGAAUUUUACCCGCAUUUGAGGGGGAAUUUCACUCAAAUUUCAUUCCCGUCUACUCCUCUCCUACUUCUGCUCCCUCCCCGAUUGUUCAUCUCCACUUUUCGCGUCUUCUUCUUCGACGCCGACAUCCACACCCCUCACCUCAUCAUCUAUAAAUACCAAACCCACUCCCCACCUUCUGCCCUUGCUCCAGAGGGUCAUUGUUUAAAUCUCCAGAGAGAGAAAGGAGAGAGAGAAGAGAGAGAGAGAGAGACUUUAGGGUUUUGUUCUGUGGAAGAAGAAGAAGUGCGGAUUCCAUCUGGUUCUUGGAAGCGUUUACAUUUCGAGCUCUUGCCUAGCAAUUGGAUCCGUGUCCUGCUUCUACCCUUUGAGCUCCCCAUGUGGAGAAAAGAUGGAUAGUGGCUUGCAGCUCAAGGACAAUUGUUGACUUGGGAUGAAGCUGGGAGGAGGCGGCAAAAGAGAAAGGGAAGAGAGCUUUUUUUUUUUUGUUAGAGAAUAAUACCCCAUUUUCUGAAAUAAUCGUUCGGCCAUAAUAGGAGGAAUGCAUGCUCGAACAGCUUACUUACUAGGCUGGAGAAGAAUUGUUUUUAGGAUUUGGAAGGGGGAUGGGUGCUUUUUCUGGUGUUAAAAACAUUCUAUUAGAAGUGAAUGUUAGAAGGAUUUUUAGACACCAUCUUUUAGGAUGAUAUAUAUAUAUAUAUAUAUAUAUAUCUAUAUAUAUAGUGGUAAUCUUGAGAAUAGACGUGAUUCUUAAGAGGAUUAAUUAAGAGUUUUGUCAUGGUGAUGAAAUGGCUGGCAUAAAGAUAAUAGUGGUUGUAACAUUGUUAAAUCUCCAAUGGUAAAAAGCACCCCUCGAAGUCAAGCAACACCUUUUACGCUUGACAUGCAUAUAAUUAUCAAAAUACAGGAGCGAGAUCCACCUGAACAACUUCAAAAAUUUCCAACAUUCCCAAAUUAUCUUUAUUUUUGUUUUUACUUUCUUUUAGCUCAAAACCCCAACUAAGAAGGCCCCCCUAAAAAAAAAAAAAAAAAAAACUUCUCAUUUGUAAUUCAGGCCGGUAAGUAAUCGCCAAUGGGCCAUGUACCUAAGCCCAAGCCCAAGCCCAAGCCAUUUUGGCCCAAGAGGCUUCUCCUCUUCUUAAUUCCCUCUAUAAGCGCGCGCGCGCGGACGACACCUCAUGGCCAGCCGCCUCGGUGGUCCGGCAUCUUCUCUUCUGUUUUGUUAGACAAUUGCUGACUCCGCUCCGGCAGGUCUCGCUCUCCUAACUAACUAGAAAGGUGUCCACUUUUUCCAUUGAUUUGUUAUUUUUCCCGUAGAUAGAUUGCUCUGGCGCGCUUUGUAUGUGCAAAGUGUCCAGUUUCAUGUAGGAGAGCGAAUCAGAGACAAGUUGCACUCCAGGUGUUCGGUGGAAUUCCUCAGAAUCACUCUGCUUGCGGCUAUUUGAAAAUCAUGGUUGAGUUUAAGAACAGGUACAUGGUAAUGGAGGUUUUCUUAGAUCCGAAUCGAGGGAUUAGGGUCGAUGAUCCGAUCGAACUUACCAAAAAUAAUGUGAUGGAAGCGAUUGGAAACAGCAUUCGCGUGACCGCUAGGGAUUUUAGUCUUCAUUUAUCUCUUAAGUCCUUCAAAGUGAAAUAUGUGAAUCCCAUCACCAAGAUUUGCAUCAUCAGAGCUUCAAGAGAGGAUCACCGGGAAGUUUGGCAAGCUAUCACUCUCAUCACAAGAAUUAAGGAUUAUCCCGUAAUCUUCAAUUUACUCAAACUGACGGGAAGCAUUGAGGCCUGCAAGAAGGCAGGUCAGAAGUGCGAAGAGUCAAAGUUCGAGCAGUACAAGCUCAUUGUCGGAUCUCAACCCUCACCUAAGGCAGUCCAGAAGCAUCAAAACUGCUUAGAAGAGUUGAAACGUCUGGAGCCUUAACCGCAAUAUCUCAUUAUCAGCUCCUCUUUGUGAUCAAUAGUUGUACCUUAAACAACCCAAAUGUUAUCCCCAGUUCUCAACAGAUACUGUGCAUGAAAGUGCGUGGAGUUGGUUCUUGAUUGCAUGGUCA